AUGGGAGGGUGUGCAACAAAGCCGAAGGUGUUGAAGGCCGAGGGCGCAAGCGAAGCGCCAGAGCCGGCACCAGAGGGGGCAGCCAAGGAAGAAGUAGUGGCGGCGGUACCAGUUGAUGAUCAGGCAAAGGAGAAGGAUGUGGUAGUAGAUGCUGCUGCUGAUGAUGAAUAUGAGAAGAAGAAGAAGAAGAUAGAGUUGGCUCCUGAGGAAGAGGGUGGCGGUGAUGAUAAAGUCAAGGAGAUCGUUGAUGAUGAUGAACAAGGAAGUAAACACCGCUCUCUCAGUCUUUUGUUCAAGAAUGAAGAAGGAAAGGAGGAGGCAACAGAAACAGAGAAGCAGCCAGAACCAUCGGAGACCGAAAAGCCUCUGGAGGAACAGAAGGCUGAGCCUGCAGAGAUAGCCAUUGAAGAUGCACCAGAACCAGAGACCAAAACCAAACAACCAUCUGAAGAAAAAGUUACAGAAGAAGUGAAGGAAGUUGCUGAAGCAGCAACGGAGGAAGUGAAAGGAACCGUCGCAGAAAAUAGUCCAGAAGAAGGAAAAGAUGUUGAAGUGAAGGGAGGCUCUGCUGAAGAGCAUGCCAAAGUAUGA